AUGAUGCGAAACGCCAUUCAAAGUCGACUCUCCUCCGCUCUUAGAACUACCGAAGUUCGAGCCGCUGUUCGACCUUUGGCUGGACCAUCGGUUCCUCUCGCCCGAACUCUCGUUACCAAACCUCUCCCUACUCCACGAUUCAGAGCUGUAGCUUUAUGUCCUAGGAGAUUACCUACCAGAGGUUACGCUGCUGAAGCUGGUGGUAAAUUCAGUCGAAAGAAGCCCCAUUUCAACAUCGGUACAAUCGGACAUGUCGAUCAUGGUAAAACCACUUUGACGGCCGCUAUCACCAAAUACCUCGCCGAGCAAGGUGGUGGUAAAUUCAUGGACUACUCUCAGAUCGAUAAAGCUCCAGAGGAAAAGGCUCGAGGUAUCACCAUCUCCACUGCUCACGUCGAAUAUGAAACUCCUAACCGACAUUAUGCCCACAUCGAUUGUCCUGGUCACGCCGAUUACAUCAAGAACAUGAUUACUGGUGCUGCUCAGUUAGACGGAGCCAUCAUCGUCGUAUCAGCUACCGAUGGACAAAUGCCUCAAACCAGGGAACACCUGUUGCUCGCUCGACAGGUCGGUAUCAAGCGAUUGGUGGUAUUCAUCAACAAAGUUGAUCAAGUUGAUGAUCCUGAAAUGUUGGAGUUGGUAGAGAUGGAAAUGAGGGAAUUACUUUCAGAAUUCGGAUUUGAAGGUGAAGAAACUCCGAUCGUCAUGGGUACCGCUUUGGCUGCUUUGGAAGGAAAAGACCCAGAGAGAGGUGCCAACAAGAUUAAGGAGUUGAUGGAGAAAGCGGAUGAAUGGUUGGAACUUCCCGCUCGUGAUCUUGACAAACCGUUCUUGAUGUACGUUGAAGAUGUGUUCUCGAUCUCCGGUCGAGGUACCGUCGUUACCGGAAAGGUAGAACGAGGUGUCAUCACCAAGGGUUCGGAAGUUGAGAUUGUUGGUAUGGGUGCUCCACUCAAGACUACCCUUACUGGUAUCGAAAUGUUCCACAAGGAACUUGAACGAGGUGAAGCCGGUGAUAACAUGGGUGCUCUCUUGCGAGGUAUCAAGAGAGAGCAAGUUCGAAGAGGUCAGGUCUUGGUACAACCUGGUUCUAUCAAAUCAGUCAAGAAAUUCAAGGCUCAACUCUAUAUCCUCACCAAGGAAGAAGGUGGUCGAUACACUCCAUUCAUGGCCAACUACCGACCCCAACUAUUUAUCCGAACUACCGAUGUCACUGUUUCCCUCACUUUCCCAGACGGUACCGAAGGUGCUCAUGAGAAAUUAGUCAUGCCAGGAGACAACGUGGAGAUGAUCGGUGAUUUGGUACAUGAUAUCGCUCUUGAACCAGGAUCAAGAUUCACACUGAGAGAAGGUGGAAAGACAAUCGGUACUGGUAUUGUCAACGAAAUUUACGAGUAA